GUUCUGAUUUUUCUGGAAUCACCUGCAUCAUCACUUAUCUGCCUGCCAGGAUGUUCCUGCUCAGAUUAGAAUUUUGUCAGGAUCCUAUAGUGCAUGGCUACCUAUUUGGGAAAGAUCCUAGGGAAACUUUUUGAAGAGCUUAAAAGAAUUAAAAGCUUGCCCUUAUUUGAAUUGCCAUGAAGGACUUUCAUCAGCAUAAACAUCUUGGAACACCUUUGGUUCAGCUUUAAUAAUAUCACUAUGAUCCACUCGGGAGCCUUGAUGCAUGUGUCAGAAUUGAGAGAACUGGGACUGGAGAUGAACAAACUCUGUUUGGUUGCCACUCAGCUCCUAAGGGUCUUGAAUCUCAAACACAACAGAAGUGAUAUGCUCCCUGAGCUGGUGCUUCAGUUUCUGGCCAACCUGACCUACCUUAAGCUACCUAAUAGACUGACAGUGGUAGCUAAGAGUGUCUUUCUGAACUUGUUUGCCUGCCAGAAAGGCCAGCAGCCUUGCUGUGCCAAAAUUCUUCCCAGCAUGGUGCUGUCACUGCCCAAUAAUCUCUGGGUAUGUGACUCUUUCCUAAGGGGCUUUAACCAGCUUGUCAAGUCCAUCAGCCUCCCAGUCAUCCUGGUGAAUUCCUACCUGACAUGCAGGGGUCCUCUAUCCAAGGCAGGGCAGCUUUAUCAUGAAACUGAGCUCAGUGGUUGUAUGAAGCCACAAAUCUCAACUCCCAGUGCCAGUGUCACCAUCUGGGUAAGGCAGAAUGUGACCCUGCAAUGCCUGGCACAGUCCAGUCCCUCGCCAAGCAUAGCAUGGACUUAUACCCUGAGCAUGUGAAAGGAAUAUGAUGGUAAAACAUGA